AUGACGCUGGGCUCCAGCUCCAGCUCUCGGGUCUUGGGUCUUGGGUCUUUUCUUUGGGACCAGACGUCGAUGCUGGUUCGGCGCCGAGCCGUCGUUUGUCCUUCAGCCCUUGAUGCUUCGAUUUUGCCUCUCCGCCUUGCCUUAUUCGCCCCUCCAUCGCGACAUCGACAUCGACAUCGACCAUGCGACGAGGACGAGGCCAGGCCCCAAGGACGACACCGCGACGCAUUGGGAACCAGAGUUUUCUCGUCCAUUCCCCCGAAAGAGCGCAAGUGGAUGUGGAGGGGGGUUGGGGCUUUUGGGCUUUUUUUGCCCGUUUGCGGUGGUCUCGCCCGUGCCAUCUGUACCAGUACCGUGCGCUUUUCUUUCUCGUCGUCCCCUCUUCUCCUCUUCCCCUCUCCUCUCCUCUCCUCUCUGCUCUCUCUUGCUACUCUUUGUGUAGGCAGGUACCUUUAUGCUCCUCCAUGGCUCGUACAUGCGCGGCCGCCUGCUGUCAAGGCCAAAUUCGCCGUUAUUGGCACUACCUCCGGCGGCGUAACAUUGGAUCGAAGCGGCCAUGGCCUAUGCGACUAG